UCACCUUGCUUUCUCUACACGCACUUUCCACUAGACUUACACCAUGGACUUUUCAACGAUGAACUCUGCCGAGCAGGCACAGAUGGGCAAGAUCAUUGAGAAGAAGCAGAUGCAAGACUUCAUGCGGCUAUACUCCAACCUCGUGGAACGCUGCUUCACCUCCUGCUGCAAUGACUUCACGAGCAAGGCGUUGGGUUCGAAAGAGGAGCAAUGCGUACUCAACUGCGCUGACAAGUUCCUCAAGCAUUCGGAGCGGGUAGGAGCACGGUUCGCAGAGUUAAACGCAGAGGCUAUGGGGCCAAGCAAGUAAAUGCAUGCCACGCGGUUAUAUAUCUCCUCUUAAUGCCUGCUCCAUCUCCUUUCACUCGUCACUCAUGCCUUAAUCACCGUCAC